AUGGGGGACGAUUAUGAAAUCGCGACAACGCAAUCAACACAGCCGGUGAACGGUCGCCCAAGCGGUAGCAUAACCAAGACAAGAAACCAAGAUGCCAGUAAGUUGAAGAUAUUGAGCUACAUUCAAUCAACCUCGAGCGACUACCAACGCAAGUCGCAAACAUCAAAAUUGCAAAUGGAUCGCGCUGACCUUUGCACAGCUAAACACAAAGUCACAAAAAACAAACGAAAGAUCACUGGCAAGCCGCGAUUGAAGCUCAAGCUCCGGGCCCCACCCCCCGCCGAAGAAUAUGAAGAACCAUUGCUGUCGACUACUGAGGUCCUUUACGGAAAGCUCGAACAGGCUUCCGAGAUUCAGACUGAAUUGCCUCACACCGUGAACGGAGAGGACGACAACACAGACGCUGUCUUGCCUUGGACGGCCAAGCAGCUCAGUGAUCUAUAUCUUUUUUGCCAGAAAAACAACUCUAUCAACCUUUGCGAUAUGAUCGCCGAUACCUGGAUCCGCGCAUUUCACACCAGCAACCUGAGCGCUGACCGGGAUGGAGGUAACAAUGAGGAGCGACCGUGGUUGAAAAAAGCAUUCGUUGGUCCAAGCCCACCUGGUGAACAGCUUCCGCAGUCCUACCUGAACCUCCAACUCAAACUAGACGCCAGCGUGACACUCAUCUACCACAACGUGCAUGACAAAGAGGACUCUGCAGAGCUUGAAGACAGCAGUGACACACUUCUGGAAACUGCCAACGACAUCUAUAACCACACAUCACCUAAUAGCCCCGUGCGUCUGCUCUGGGCAGACAUCCUCGCCUUGCACGGCCGGCGUCUCGAGCACAUCCUCAACCCAUCGUCUUUAUGGUCUGGAGACCCCGAGCAGGUCAUCUCUGGCAAUCGCACACAGCACCAACUUCACCGGGAUCUGGAGUUCGAUAUCAUGUGUACGGCUCUGCGCUUGGUGCGUAGGAAGCUGACGCUCAAGUGCGAGGAAACUACCGUGGGCGCGUGGUGUAAGAGGUAUCAUUUGCACACGCAGCACGGACUCAAGUGCUACCGGCAGCUUGCCCGCGAAGUGACAGAGGUAAUAGAUGUAAACGACGAUGAAUACAGGCCUCGAUGAUCCUCUGAUCUUUUGGGAAGAACUACAGUUUGGCAAAGUUACACCGCGUUCGAUUGACAUUUGGUAAGGGGUUCUACGGGUCGAAUCAGUGUUCGGACAGGCGUUAGGUUGAAAGGUGGCUUGAUCAGAACCCAUGCAGAUUGGCUUAUUGAAGCAAUGGUUUGCAUCAAGAUGAUAUCAUGAUGGACCACCAGUCUUUGCAUAAAUGCCAUAGGUAUUGCGCUUGAAAACAGUUUCCCU